AUGAGCUCCAGCGGUGGUCUUUCCCGGAGACGGGUCCCCAACUCUUCCUCCUCUCCCGUCGACGACGACGAUCAUGAUGCCUGGGGCCUUAACGGCACAUCUUCCAACGGAAACGGUACUCCCGUACCGCAGCAGGGGUCCGUCUCCAACCUCUCGCAUGGAGGUUCGGCUUUCCAGGGAGGCAGCAAGAUCGCGUACGACCCUCGGGAUUUGGAGCGCAGCGACGAGGACGCCCGCCAAGGCGGCAAGGCUCCUCGAUUAACUAUCAUGGAAGAGGUACUCCUACUCGGACUGAAGGACAAGCAGGGCUACCUAUCCUUCUGGAACGACAACAUCUCGUACGCCCUGCGGGGGUGCAUCCUCAUCGAACUCGCCCUCCGACGACGAAUCGCCCUCGUACGAGACCCAAAUCGGCGGCAACUGCCCCCAGCUGAACGCGUACUGGAGGUGAUCGACGACCGGCAGACGGGCGAGACACUCCUCGACGAGACGCUGCGAAUGAUGAAGGCGCAGGAGGGCGAGCGGAUGGCGGUGAAUACCUGGAUAGACCUCUUGAGCGGCGAGACUUGGAACGUGAUGAAGAUCGGUUUCCAGCUGAAGCAGGUCCGGGAGCGGCUCGCCAAGGGGCUCGUCGACAAGGGCGUGCUGCGCACCGAGAAGCGCAACUUUCUCCUCUUCGACAUGGCGACACAUCCUGUCGCCGACGUGCGCACGAAGGAGGCCAUCGUCUCGCGGGUGGUUGCGUUAUUGACCGCGACGACGUCCGCCGUGCCUGCAGUGGCGCUGGGGAAGGAGGGCACGCAGUGUCGCGCCGCGCGCGGUGUCUGUCUCGUGUGCGCUGCGUAUGCGGCGAGCGUGCUCGACAACGCGUUCGGGCGGCUGACGUACGAGGAGCGCGAGGGCGCGUUUCAGCGCUGCGACGAUAUCCUCGCCGACUUCUCGUGCUGGCCUUUUGGGGGCGCGAGCACUGCCAACGGAAAGGCCGGCGGGUCCACGCGCAAGCGUGAUGCUGCGCGGAUUGGCAUGGGCAGUUCGGCGAUGGGUGGGCGCGAGGCGGUACAGGGGCUAGUUAACGAGGUGAAAAAGGAGAUGGUCGGUGGCGAGGAGGACCUGUCGUUCGAGCUCGUCGCCGGCGUGCUGGAGGUGCUGUCCAAACUGGAUUCUUUGCUGUGA